GGAAACCAGGAAUGGAAAUGCUCACCAUUUUCUCUGCUUCACGCCACCAUAAUUUCUUCAGCUAUUCCAUUUCCACAACUUUGAAUUCGGAUUCACCUCAAGUUUCGAUCCCCCCCCUGAAAUUACAUCCCCUCCUUCGCUCUCUCCCCGUCCGCCUCCGUUCCAUUUCCACAACGCGCGCUCCACGUUGUAUCUCCGCCGCCCCCCGUCCUCCUCCUCCGCCUGAAUCAGACUCCCCAGUCAAGAUUCCAUUGAAACUGGUUUCAAGGCAGGCAUUUUCUGGUGUUCUCAUGGUCCUCCUCUCUGGUGGAACAGGGUUAGUGGGAAAGUUAUAUAGAUUUAAGGACCGAGCAUGGAUCUUCUUUGCUGUUCUUUUCUGGUUGUCUUUGUUCUUCUGGUACUCUGCAUGGGAUGGCAGGAACUCCGAUAAGGGAUCUCGAUUUCGAAAAUAAUCUAGCAACAUAUUUGAUUCUGUAUAUAAAUAUGUCAGAUAGAUUAGUACUAGAGUAGAUAGAUAGAUAUACACGAAGAAGAUCCAGAUAUAGAUAAAGGGUGUACUUGGUUUUCUUUGUUAUUCUUGGGAAACCUUUCCAUGUAAUUUGUAGUGGAUCAAUUUCAAGGCUGUUUCUUUUACCUUCUAAA